CUUAUGGUCGCAAUUCUCAUACUGCCAAUGCGCAUUUCUAGCUAUCGAGGGUAACGGGCUUGGGCUGAUGAAACUAGAGAAACACUCAUUUGCUAACAUGGAAAAAAAAAAUUUCUUCAUUAAUACCACAAAUUUUCAGAUUUAGUUUUGGUUAGUGGCUCAAAUAUGUGGAACGAAUCGAACUUUUGAUACUCAUAUCCAAGAAAGUUUCCUAGCAACAACAAAUUCCGAUCGUCAGGUAUGACCUCACCUUUCGGACCUUUGGUCACCCUUGACCCCGUUCUCUCGUUCUGAAUCAUAGUUAUCCAUGUCAUAUAUAAACGCUAUCCAUUUCUAUUUUACAAACAUUCCAUACAUUUUUUGACGACAAAGUUGCAAAUUUGGAAACUCAUCAAUUCUUCUUCAUUCGUACACUUGGAAACACCUAACAAAUGGAAGCAUCUCAAGGAGGGAAGAAGACAGUGAACAAUGGGAAGGGAAAUGGGGAGGUUCGAUACAGGGGCAUUCGCCGGAGGCCAUGGGGAAAGUUCGCGGCGGAGAUUCGAGAUCCAACGAGGAUUAAAGCACAGCUGUGGCUAGGAACUUUCCAAACGGCUGAAGAGGCUGCGAGGGUUUAUGACAGGGCUGCAUUUGCUUUCCGGGAUCACUCAGCUAUUCUCAACUUCCCAAACAAGUACCAAUAUCAGAAUCCAACCUUUCCACCGCCUUUGGCUUCUUCAGCUACUUAUUCGGGUGGCAGAGGGGAUCCCCCUAGAGGACGAGGAAAUGAAGUUAUAGAAUUUGAGUACCUGGAUAACAAGUUGUUAGAGGAUCUCCUUGAAAGUCAAGAUGAUAGACAAGGUCUAUAGAAUAAUCAACCAUGGCAAUAAUUUAUCUGUGUUUUUCCACUGUCAGCAGGGAAAUUUCGUUUACCCAUUUCUGAUUUUCAUUCUUUUCAAAUCUUUAUUGAAACUGCAAAUUUGUAUUGAAAAGUUCAUUUAGAGGAGUUUUGUAUCUUUAUUGAAAAAUUCGCAUGGCCCUGGUUGUUGGUAGAGUGUUGAAAUUUUAAUAACUAAAGUUCAGUCAAAUUAUCGAAACGUCAAGUCGUCAAGUAUAAAAAAGAAAAAAACCAAGAUCCAAAUAUAAAAAUUUCUAGAGUGGCUCGUGGUGUAAUUAUUUUUGGGUCUAAAAGAGAAAAUAGACAUUUUCAUUAACAAUAUUUAAUGAUAUUUUGGAUUUUUUGGUGAAACGGACAUGUCAAGUCGACUUUGAUUUACUGGUCCACUAAGAUCAACUUCCUCA